AUGGUGAGCAUGCCCAGAGGUGAGUUUGACAGCUUGGCGGAGACGUUGAUGGAACAGCUGCCUCAGCGUGAUCAGCUCAUGCUCUACACGGCUUCGCUGACAAUUAUUGAGGAGAGCGUGCAGGACUCCAAGUGGCACGUGGACUGGCACGGCAUCCCCGAGGGGCUGUGCUGGACAUUCCUGGUGCCCGUGUGGCCACAAGAUGCGGAGGCGUGGCGCGGCCUCGGCGGGACGCAGCUCUUCCUCGAGUCGCGGAACGCGCAGCUCUUCCGGGCGGCGGAGGUUGCGGCGGAGGCGUCGGCAACGCGGGCGGUGGCCGAGGCGACGGAGGCGGAGGGCGCCGUGCCCAAAGAGGCCUGGAAGAAUUUCCGCGUGGUUGAGCAUCGCUACGCGCCCAGUGAGUGUCUGCUCUUUGAGGGCCGCGUGCUGCAUCGCACUGGGCCCUACGAGCUGGGGCAGAGCCAUCUGCGAGUCUUGGCUUCGCUGAUGGCAGCUUGGAUGCGGAACUUGUCGUCCAGCGAGACGGACGAGCAGGAGGCAGGCAAAGACCUCGGCCUUGCGCCAUCUCCCGCGGACAUCCGGAGGUGGGACCGCGAGAUGCCGCGCACUGGCCGGCAGUGA